UCUGCAGCAACCAGAGGUGGCGGUUGUGCUAUGAAGGAAGACCCUGCCAAGCUGGCCGACAAGAUGCUGCGCACCCCCAAGUGCUCCAGGUGCCGGAACCAUGGCUUUCUGGUGCCGGUCAAGGGCCAUGCGGGCAGGUGCCGCUGGAAGCAGUGCACCUGCGAGAAGUGCUACCUGAUCACCGAGCGCCAGAAGAUCAUGGCUGCGCAGAAGGUGCUCAAGAAGCAGGCCUCCGAGGAGGAGCAGGACGGGGCCCUCGUCGCGCAGGGCCCGGAGCUGUUGACAGGGGCCGCGGCCGCGGCCGCAGCCCUGGGCGCAAGCCUCCGCCAGCUGCCUCUGCUGACCGCUUCGGGAGACUGGGAGCCAGGCCCCGAGGGCCGCGUGGCCGCCGGCUUCCCAGAGAGGCCCCCACGGGGCCCGAGCCCCGGCCCGAGCGCCUUCCAGCCAGUUCUGGGCGGCCACGGCCGCGGCCGCGGCCACGUGGGGCCGAGCGGCGAUCGAGCCGCGGUGGCCAUGCCCGGUUCGGCGGGGCCCCAGCUUGGAAUGGAGGUAGCAGGCAGGGGGUGCCCUGACCGCCUGGGGCUGCGCAGUCCGUUGCGGCCCCUGCCCAGCCCGCCGUUCGACUUCGGGCUCCCUCUGAACAUCAGCUCAGAUCAUGUGGUGGGGCCUGAGCACCUGGAGAGACAGCCUUCCAAGCUGUACCCCAGCUGCUCCAACAUGCAUUCCUACUGUGCAUUCCCGCUGGGCUACCAGGAUGGAUCCCCGCCUCCGGGGAUCCCCCUGCAGCGGGGCUUCCGGCAUGUGUCCUGCAGCCCCUACCAUGGAGGAAGCUUGGUGUCGGAGUCGGUGGGAGACUUCCAGCCAAGCUACUACCCGCCGCCUCCGCCUCCGCAGCAGCCUCAGUUCCUCCCGCCCGGCUUCCUGUCUGCGCUCCACUUCCUCCCACCGCUGCCGCCGCCACCGCCGCCGCCACCAGCAUCUUUCUCUCUUGCUGUCCUGUCUGACACAGACAAGGAGACCACUGACGACCAGGAUGUGAAGGUGCCAGCACCGGCGCCGGAGGAGCCGCCCGAGGUGCCGCCCGAGAAGAAGGAGGAGGGGGAGGAACCACCGCCUGAGCCCAGCCAGCCGCCCUCUCAGGAGCAGUCUGACUAGGCCGGGUUCCAGGACAGGAGGCACAUCUAUUUCAGCCUUCUGCUUCUGCCUCUGCUUGGUCCCAGCUGGGGGCACAGACACCAAGCUUCCAGCACAUCCAGGUGGCUGGUGGGAGCAGCGGGGGCCCAGGGCGUUGACGGCAGGUUCUGCAGCGUCCUUCCUUGCUGCUCGGGCUCCCGAGGGCUGCCUGGCCACUGCCCCGCGCCCCUUCUCCAAUGGGCUUUACUGAGCAUUCUGACCGCCGGGGCUCCCAUCCAUAAAGUUUAAGCCAUUAUAGGCAUCAUUUCUGGUUUAAAAAAAUCUAUUAAAGUUUGAUUAUUUGAUAUUUUUAUAGUGAUUGCCAACUUUAAAAAGUAGGCUGUUUGUAAGCACUGAUACAGUUCUCAGACAAUAGAAUGGUGCUUCUAAAUCAUCUGUGGUAUCCGUUCCUUCUCUGGGGACAGCUGACUGUUGAAAUAAAAUGAGCAUUGGAAA